AGCAGAUACGGACAGAUACAACAGGCGUCCACUCGUCGGUGGAGGAUAAAACAGGCGACAGUUUUGAAGGAUCCAAAAUACAGCAGCGUCUAUACAAAAAGAGAAAGGGAAGGAUCCUUUUCUUUAACUCUAAAUCAUACAAAAAGAGAAUGGUAUUUAACAGUGUAAUGUUAGUUUCAGUUGCCAGAACCUCCGCAGAGGUAUGGCAGCAAAUGGCCUGUUUCGGGGAGCAUCAACGCAUAGACGGCCAGCAAAUGGUGGAUCUGGUCAUCCGCUUCCCUCUUCAACAGCUUGGCCGCUUGCUUCUUUACAUUUGGACUUUCCUCUGCGUCCCUCCUCAGCCCUAUUACUAUCCUACUUAUUCUUAUUACCGUGAUGAUGAUGAUGAUGAUGAUACUAGUUCUGAUGAUGAUGGUGCUGGUGAUGGUGCUGGUGCUGGUUCUUCCUCCCCGACUAGUUCUCGAUAUUUUUAUUACCACCAACAACGCCCAGAUGCUGAUAAUGAUGAUGAUGGUGCUGGUGCUGGUUCUUCCUCCUCUACCACUUCUCGAUAUUUUUAUUACCACCAACAACGCCCAGAUGCUGAUGAUGAUUCUUCCCUAUCAGAUUGAUUUGAUCGGCUGACUGUUGUCUUUUGUAAAGUUACUUUCUUUGGAAUAAUAGUAGUGUUCUUCUUUUAAUUCCUUGUAUAUAAUUGAUCUUUUCUCCUCCUGACUUUGUGUUAACUUUUUCAGAUUAGAUUUUCAUUUUUCUCUUUGAAUUGGUUUUGUGGAAUUCAUGAGUUUGUGACUUCCACAAACAGAUGAUCUUUUCUGUAAUAUAUCAAGAGCAACAAAGAAAAAAAAAUGAAAAGGAGCAGAUUUUUAGAGUGCGUAUGCUUUGGGAUUGCUGUUGAAAUUGAAGGUUCUUGAGCUUGUGUCUCUUUUUU